AUGACAAAGACAGGAGGUUUAGCGAAGAGUAACACCCGACAAUCUGAGAAAACUGAUAUGGCAUCAGACAAAGUGAACAAGGGAUUGCCAAUAACUGAUGGCUCGUCUAUACGAAGCGAAAAUGCGAAUCCGACGUUCGAGGGAAACAUGGCAACUAUUCAGCCUCAGCCUCAGCCUCCUCAAACUCAGCAAAAGGAGAGUACUCUUAUGCCAGAAGUUCAGACUCCUCAAACUCGGCAAAAUGAUUUGCAAAAUCAAAGUCAGCCACAUGAAAACACUUCCGAAUCUCCAUCACAUCAGGGAAAUCAACAGCCUCAAUCACCUCAGGCAGAUAUCGUUGGUACGUAUCUAAUACUCCGAAACCUGAUUUUACAAUUCCAAAAACAUGCUAAACAUGCUGUAGGAACAGAUAUCAUUGAUCUGUUACAAUUGUCACUGGAAACCGAUCAGGUUGCUUUAGCAAUUUCAGUUAACAAUGAGAGCAUUUAA